AUGGCGACGUUUCUGAGGUUUGAUUUGCAAAAUGAAAAUGAAACGAACGCAACGAAAAACCUUGCCUCAAGCAAGCUUUUUCUCUCUCAGCACAACACAACAACUCCUUCUGUCUUAUUCGAAGACAUGCAUGACGAUGACAAUGAUGGUAUUGAGAGUCCCACGUUCACGUGCCUCGAGAUGUGCGUCUACGGGCGGACCCUCGCGCGGACCGCUGUGUGGUUGAACGGAUCCAGAGUCAUCUUGCGGUGGUUCCUGUUGUGGGUUGGUUCGUCCUCGUGCAAAGGUCUGCUCAAUGUUGACAAUGGCGCCGUGGCCGUUCCUCUUCCAGUCCUUUGUUGGGGUGGUUCGUCCUCGUGA